CUGUAUAUGAAGAUUUAAAUAGACUCUGUCCAGUAGAGGGAAGUGAUACGCCAAGUAGCGUCAAAACUGCCGGAAAUCGAGAAGAAGAAGGGGGGGGGGGAAGUCAUUACAGUGCGCAUGAGCACUGGGCUAAAUCGGAAAGCUGGCGGCAAGAUCAGGCAUGUUUAGGGAGUUGGACAGGUGUUAGUCAUUGUGCAGUUACAGCGACCAAAGCAAGCAGUAGUAACUGCUCGCUUUACGGCAUUUAGACAACUUAAAACUGUUUGACAGUUUACCGAAGCUACGAGGAGUUUUUAUAAAGUGCGUCAUAUUUAGCACAACGGUAACGUUAGUUAGGUGACGAAUGCUGCUGCUGCUGCUGCUGGUCGAAGCUAGGAGACAAUAAUGCCUUCACUAACUCUGAACGGAGUGACAGUGAAUUUCCCAUUUCCUCCAUAUGACUGUCAGAAGGACUACAUGAGCAAAGUGAUUGAGUGUCUUCAGAAGUCACAGAAUGGGGUCCUGGAGAGUCCUACAGGUACUGGUAAAACCCUCUGCCUCUUGUGUGCCACCCUUGCCUGGAGGGAACACCUCAAGGACACCAUCUCUGCCCACAAGAUAGAGAGGCUAGGUGGAGAGGAGAUGUUCCAAAACAGGCCCCUGUCAUCCUGGGGAACAACUGCUACAGACAGUGACGCACUAACCCACUACACCGAUCUUCCCAAGAUCAUCUACGCAUCCAGGACACACUCUCAACUCGCACAGGUCAUCAAUGAGUUAAAGAACACCUCAUACAGGCCAAAGGUGUGUGUGCUGGGAUCCAGGGAGCAGCUGUGUAUCAACCCGGAAGUGAUGCGUCAGGAGAGCAACCACGUCAAGGUUCAUAUGUGCAGAGCAAAAGUUUCCACCAGGUCAUGUGUCUACUACAACAACACUGAAGAGAAGAGCACUGACAGAGACUUGGUGAAUUCUAUCCUCGACGUGGAAGACUUGGUCAAAUUUGGCAACAAACACAGGGUCUGUCCUUACUACCUCUCCCGUUCCUUGAAGCAGCAAGCAGAUGUCAUUUUCAUGCCAUACAACUAUCUGCUGGAUCCGAAGAGCCGCAGAGCGCACAAUAUUGAGCUAAACAGAGCUGUGGUCAUCUUUGAUGAAGCUCACAAUGUGGAGAAGACAUGUGAAGAAUCAACAUCAUUUGACCUAACUCCCUACGACCUAGCCUCAGCCAUUAAUGCUGUGGACAGGUUGCUGGUGGAGCAGACUAAAGGAGCCAUUCAUGGAGACUCUAUCAAUGAAGACUUGAAUGUAGAAUCCCUCAACUCAGGUUUAAAUGUGGCCACAAUUGCUAAAAUCAAACAGAUACUGCUGGAUCUGGAAGCUGCCAUCGAUUCCUAUGAUGUUCCAAGUGAAAAGGGCAUCACUAAACCUGGAAUUUUUAUCUAUGAGCUGUUAGAGAGAGCCCACCUGACUUACAACAGCAAGACGGCAGUCUGUGAAGCUCUGGAGCAGAUCACUGGAUACUUAGCAGGACAGCAAGGAAUAUUCCUGAACACAAGUGGACUGCAGAAGCUGGCUAAUCUUACACAGCUGGUGUUCUGUGGUGAGCCAUCAGAGAAGGACAGGUCGCAGCAGAUGCAGUCCAACACGGCUUAUUUUAAGGUUCAUAUCCACAGAGAUACCAGCUAUCAGAAGAAAACCCAGAGCACUGUUGUGUGGGCUUCAUCUUCAUCAAAGAAACAAGGCAACAUUCUGAGUUACUGGUGCUUCUCUCCUGGCUUCAGCAUGCAGGAUCUGGUGAAUCAAGGUGUUAGCUGCAUCAUUCUGACCAGUGGUACCCUCUCUCCCCUGACCUCAUUCACCUCUGAGAUGAGGAUAAAGUUUCCAGUGAGUCUGGAGAACAGUCAUGUGAUUGAGCGAGACCAGAUCUUUGUUGCCGUCAUUGAACAGGGCCCAGAUGGAGUGCCAUUGAGUUCAGCGUUUGAUCGAAGGUUUCUUCCUGAAAACAUGGCAUCUUUAGGAAACACUGUUGCCAACCUGACCCGUGUGGUUCCUCAUGGUCUCUUAGUAUUUUUUCCUUCCUUCCCUUUAAUGGAAAAAACCCUGGACUUCUGGAGAGCUAAUGGGCAUGCAGAUCGCAUUGAGAGCAUAAAGCCCAUGUUUGUAGAGCCCAAAGGAAAGGGCAUCUUUACUGAGGUUAUUGAUGGAUAUUACAACAAAAUCAAUGACCCAUCAUCCAAAGGAGGAAGUUUCUUUGCUGUGUGUCGAGGGAAGGCGAGCGAGGGUCUGGAUUUUGCAGACACCUUUGGUCGGGGUGUCAUCAUCACAGGCCUUCCUUUUCCUCCUCGGAUGGACCCUCGAGUCAUCCUGAAGAUGCAGUUCUUGGAUGAGAUGAGUCGGCAGAAAGCUCCUGGGCUGAAGUACCUGUCUGGGCAGGAGUGGUACAGACAGCAGGCUUUCAGAGCUGUGAACCAGGCCAUCGGUAGAGUCAUUCGCCACAAGGAGGACUAUGGAGCCAUCUUGCUGUGUGAUCAGAGGUUUAAAAGCUCUGAUGUAAGGACUCAGCUUCCAUCAUGGGUCAGGCCUCAUGUGCGUCUGUAUGGCAGCUUUGGGAACGUAAUCCGUGACGUCUCCCAGUUCUUCAGGGUUGCACAGAAAAUGAGACCCGUGGUUGAGAAGAAGGCUGCAGCAGAGAGCUGUGGAACAGUGUCGUUACCAGACACUCGGUCCUCUGACUUCAGUCCCCGCUCAUCCUCUCAAAGCUCCCACACCCAGAAGGCCAAGGUGCUGGAUGCCCAUCUUCCCAGCCUGAAGAGGAGGAGACUCAAUGAACACACUGGAGCUAACGGGAUGGCCAGGGUGUGUAUAGAGUAUGAAUGUGAGAUGCAGGAGAGCCAGAAGAGACCGGCCAACCUGCUGGAUGCUCUGGAGCAAGGAGAUCAUUGCAGUGGAGAGGAUGAUGCGGGAGUAAGAGAAGAGAAGGCAAACCGUUUGUCCACGCUGUCUCUUCAGUGUGACAAGAGGAUGGAUGAUGAAUUGCGGGGAGGAAAACGUAAAAUCAAAUUGGUCCAAGAACAGAAAACGUGCGUGUCUAAGGAUGUCUCUGAGGAUGGUUCAGCCAGCAGAGUUAAAAAUUUCCUGGGAGAGAUGAAGAAGUCACUGAGCCAGAUCACCUUUGACCGCAUCAUACAGGCUCUGCAGACCUACAAGAAGAAUAAAAACCUGGACGUCUUGCUCGCUGAGACAUCUGUCUUAACUGAGGACACUAACACUCACGGUCUGCUCCGGGGCCUCUACCAGUUCAUCCCCCCACAUCACAAAAAGAGGUUUGAUGAGAAAUGCAAGGAGCUUACGGGGCAGGGCUGUGGAUACAAACCAUAUCACUCACUGUCGAAGGAAGAAAGAGAGACUCUGAUGCAGCAGAACGCUACAGCUAAACAGUCUGCUGUAGGUCUUGCCUCCUCCAGCUGGAUGUCAUCCUGCAGUCAUCUGAAUACACAGCAGCUCAACAGAGGAGGACACCACCUAAACCAGCAGGGAUUAACAGCUCAGACUGGCUCUGCUCCAAAGAGUGACGUCCCUGCUGCCUUUAUGGCUGAUGUGAAAAAAGCCAUGGGAGCAGAAAAAUCCAAUGUGUUCUUCAGGGCCGUUCAGAGCUAUAAGAAGACGGGCUGCUAUGAAAACCUGGUGACCACACUGGCGAACUUAUUCACAGAGAGAGAUGAGGACUUCAGCCUUCUAGUCAGAUUUGGCGCAUUUAUUCCUGCUCGCCAUAAGCAGCAGUACAAAGAGAUGUUGGAUGGUUUGAUGGGUCAGUCCGUCUCUGCUGCUGACGUUCCUGCCGUGAGUGAGGACCAACAAAGUCACAGUGAAGAACAACCCAAUGUAUUGUAGUAUAAUAGAAACAUGUUUUUAUUUCUCAUAUCUUGUGUCAUACUUUCUGUAUUUUCAUCUAAUAUUAGAGAAGAGCUCAGAGGUCACUGAAGUCAUUGGGAAUCAUCUUCAUGGAGACCACAGAUAUCUUUAACAAACCUUAUGGCAGUCCUGCCAGUAGAUGUCAGUGUUUGACAGUUGGUGGUUGCACUGCACCACAGUGUUGGAGCAGCCUUUCAAUCUGAAGUGAAAAUGGUUUACGGAAUCUUGCUAGGAUUUAGAGAUGAACAGCCAGCACCUUUGGCAGAUGCUGCCAGAAGCUUACCCAUGCUUCCAGUAAAAAGUGUAGCUAAACACACCACUGAGAUGCCACUGUUUUGAAAACACCAAGAGUGACAAAGUUCUUGUAAACCAGAAGGACUUACAGAUAGUAGCCCAGGAUUUAGGACAUUUGAUUGUGAAGAAACAUUAGAAUCCUGCACAGUUGGCCUUACUCAUAUUCACAUUAUUAACAAUGUUUUGGGAGAUCUGAGGACCAAAAGGUUGUUAAAAAUGACUGCAAGUGAACAGCAUGACUACAACUAUUAUUUUUCUUUAAGUUACCAAGUUCUUUCAUGCCCAUUGGUUUCUGCCAAGAGGUUAUUACCAGGUCUGAAAAGUGAAGCUAGUGCUGAAGUGCCUUAAACCUGCAUUCUUUCUAAUGACUAUCAGGGGGCGACUCCACUAGUUACAAAAAGAAGUCAGAUUGUGUGGAAGUCUAUGAGAAAAUGACCCUACUUCUUACGUUAUCUACCUCAGUAGACAUUUUCAUAACUACUUUAUGGUCUCAAGUCUUCAGUCUACAGUAUGAUGUUAAUUUGGUGAAUUAUGGCCUCAUUUAAAGGAAAAUAGAUGAUAAAGCAGACAAAGCUUUAGGGCUUGGUUAACUUAAGAUUGACAAGUCAGUACCAUGGCAGUGUCCUCAGGUUCUCAGACAGAUUCAACCCUUGUUACAUCACACCUCCACCCUCUCGUUCAAGCAUGGUCACUUCUGGCUCCAAAAAAACAAAAUGGUUUUUCGGCUUCAAAACGGGAGUCCACAAACCAACGGUUUGACCCACAGUAGCUACGUCCAUUAUUUUAUACACUCUAUGGCUCCUACUGAAGAUGUAAAAUCUUAAAGGGGCCAUACACAUGUCGUGUUUUAUGCACCCUCAGAUUUUUUGUUUUCAAUGUAGAAGCGUGGCAGGCCAGGCAUGCUCAAAAGCCAGAGCGACGCACUUGCGUUCCCGAGCGCCUGUUUUUCAAGGUGUGAUGGCUGCACCCUGAGAUAAGCAGAGUUCAACUUUUGGAACACAGCAGUGCGCACCGCAUGUCAUGUGACGAGGAACAACCAAUCACAGCUGACAGAUACCUUUUCCUUCAUCUGUAAAUAUCAGUCUGUGAUAAAUAUGGAGAAGAAGUUGAUCAUUUUAGUUCAGAGCUGCCAGAGCUUUGCAUUUGUCCCAUGGACAAUAUUUUGGGCCUAAUGCAUUGGUUCCCAACUGGUGGGUUGCGGUCCAAAAGUGGGUCAUAGGUCCAUUCUGAAUGGACACAAGUAAGUAAACUUUGUGAAAAACACACUUCAUAUUGAAGUACAGUGAAUUUCUAGCACAGUGUUGUUUCAUGCAAUAGAGUGAGUGACUAACAGACAGCUACUUGACAGAGACAGCAAACUAGCUCAACAACAUGGCCAAACACAGGUAUGACUCUGAAUAUAGUAAACUGUGUGGACCUUGAACUAAUGACUAAGGAGAAGUCUAGAACCCAUGGUUGGACCAGUUGGUAACCACUGGCCUAAUACACAUUUACAAAACAAUGCCUGGAAGAAGAUCAGCUCUGUACUCAGGAUUUCUGGUAUGUAUACUAUAAUAUGGUUCUAGUCACGGUUGCUUAGCAACCUCAGAUGCAACCUGUCUCUGCGCCCCUUGAAAGUAGGCACAAGAGUACCACCCAGCACCCAACCUCGCACGUUUCAUCAUCGCUGUCUUUAAGACACAAAACCAUACAAAGUGAAGUUACAGAAACAUUGUGUGUGUGUGUUUCAGACAGCUCUGAACUGUUACUGCUGACAAAACCCUGCACUCCACUCUGUUCAGGGGCAAUAUCUGGUCAUGGCUUUGUAAUGUAACUGUAAAGAAGGUGCACAGCCUGUUCUCUAUUUCAUUGCUCUGUAUUAAAUUAAUGUCAUGAAAAUGUCA